AUGAAAUGCGAAAAAAGGGGUCGCGCUUUGAACCUCUCCCUUUUAACCAUAUGGCUGGUAAUUUUCUUAAAAAAUAUAAAGGCUAGUAUACGCAUUUCAGAUUUUACUUACCCGAGUGAGAAGGCCGUCCUUAAUGCGGAACAGAUUGAAACUGAUUAUAUAUCCAUUUUGAAGUUGAAAAAUGAUGGAAAAUCAACGCCCAAUUUUGAAAUUAGUGAUCGUUAUCUAAUUUCUGAGGAUAAUACAAUCCAAAAUUGUUAUGCACCGAAUGAUGAUCAUGGAAAAGUGCUCAUAAAAAAAAAUGACAAAAACAAGUUUUUAUUUGUGCAAAAGCAGGACGAAGAUAUCUUCAUUAAGGAUCGAAAUUAUAAAUGCUCACUUAUAUCCUCUCUUGAGAAAACCGAUCGACCAUAUCAAAUAGUUCAAGAGAACCACGAGAAGAUAACCGUGGGAGAUAUAGCCAAUUGCGACAGUAAUACCAGAAAAAAAUUCAUAGAUUAUUUUAACCUGUUAGACAGCUUUUUCAUUUCGGAAAAUGAAAAGUGUGAAACUGUUUUAAAAACACCAUUAACGAAAAAUGUGCAAGUAAUAGAUUGCGUAGGCUACAUUGGGCACAUAACCAACUUUCCUGAGUUAAAACAUAGCACCUAUUACAUCUGCUUCAAAACGAAUGAGUCAUCUUUACUAAUUAGUACCUUUUCGGCGGAUAAGACAAUUGCUAAUAAUACAUUUUACUGCACCUUCGAUAAUCCAGUUUGCCCCCUAACAAUUAGUGUCAGCCUUUUUAAUAAUGUACCAUAUAUAAUGGAUAAAUCGUUGGUGCUUAAACCAGACUGCUCAGUUAUAAGCACUCCUAUCUACAAAGAAGAUCAUGUGCUUAGUGGAGAUCAUUAUAUCUUCUUUUUUAAAAAUGAUAAUACGACAUACUACCGCGAAAUAUGCAUACUGAAGGAUAUGAAAUAUCAUAAAGUGGGUAACCUAUUUUCUAUAGAGAUAUAUGGACCCAUUAUCUGUUUUAUAGGCUCAGAAUGCGUUAUAAAAACGUACACCGCUGUGGAAAAAAUGCAAUACAUUAUGAAUAAUAUAGAAAGCACCACUUUUUCAUGGUCCCCAAGCAACUGCAAUAAUAAGGAUGCGGAAAAGAAUGCUAUAACCACCUACCCAAAAGAAGAAGACGGACUUUUAUACAUAAUUAGUGAAAAAAUUCUAUUACAAGAAAACAUUUUGUGUACAAAGAACAAUACCAAAUUACGUCACCUACUAACCAUAGAGUUGGUGGAAAAUCCUCAAUACAGCCUAUACUAUUCGAUCAUUAACUCUGUAAUUAUGAACGACAAUUGGCAAAACAUUAAAUAUAAUAACUACUUGGGGCCAUUCGUCAAAUACGAAUGCUCUCACGAAGAGAUAGUCAUAAAUGAAUAUGACAUUUGGAAAAGUAAUUAUGAUAAUGAGUAUAUACAUAAAAAUGAGGAAUUAAAUUUUAACAUCGAUUUUAGUGCCCUUACUAUGAGGCUAUGUGUGAAGCAGAUUAACUAUAUUGACAUCGGUUCUGUCAGAAUUGAGCAGCUAUUUGGCUUUAAGGUCAAUAACCUAGAUCCUUUGGAAGUUAGCGCCAUCGUAUCAUUAUAUAAUGAAGACAUAAAUACCAGGCUUCUAAAAUUCGCCAUAAAAGAGGAUGAAAACUGUAAUUCGAGUAAGGGCUUUUUUAUACAUUCCAAGGGGAAUUAUCCUAAGGAGAUCUUUCACAAGGAUAUCAUUGUAGACGCAAGAGCAGAGUACGAAGUGCAAGAGGAAAUCAAUUUAGAUAAACCCAGGUACUACUUAUGCAUGUGUUCGCUUGCAGAAAAGUGUAACUAUAGCAAUGGAUUAAGUGCCUACAAUUUGUAUACAAACAUUUAUAUAAACAAUGAAAUAAUACCGCAAGAAAAAAAAAAAUAUGUUUGCAAGCUGUUUUCCCCUUGUAACUUUACUGUUAAAUUCGAGUCGGACAACAUUUCAAACCUGUGGGCAGCAAAAGUAGGAACUUCAUGUAGAACAUACGCAUUCGCAGAUAUAAAAAUUAAGUUCAAAAAAAAUGAUAAGUUAAGUAAAGCCGAUUCGAACAUAAUCGCUGUAGACUUUAGUGUAUUCUACAAUGUGAGUCAGAUUAACAAUAACAUACUAAAUGAAGACUUGGUUAUCUGUGGAAAUUACAAAGAUCAGAAAUUUGCCUUUACCAUAGAAGCGGAUUUUUUCUUUACCUAUAUCAGUAGUCCGUACCAGAAAUUCGAAAUAAAAAAUAUCGAAUAUGAAAACCUGUGCAGGGACAAAAAAACUCUCAACAUAUAUUCCUACCAAAAUGGGGAGACAAAUCUGUAUAAAAAGGUCGCCAUAGACAUAAACAGCAAUUUGAGCGAAAUUGAAUUGAAUAUAGAAUAUGACCAUUUAAAAUAUUAUAAAAUAUUUUUUAUAAAAGAAUGUCAUUAUUGUAAGGGGGUUAUCACCUACACACAUAGGGGAAAUUCCUACAGUUUGCACAACCCCGUUAGGAACCCAGAGAAAUACUGGGAACCAAAAAUAGGUAAGAUGAAUAGGAACAACAAGGAUUUUAAGAAAUCUAUAAAGAUGCAUAACUGCGCAUAUGAAACAAUGCAGAACCACGCACUUACCAGUUUGCUCCUUUUUGAUGGACCUCAUGAAGAAAUUAACUUUUACUGCUAUAGAGGCACGAACUGUAGGCAUAAAGCAAAAUUCACUUUGCUAUGGUAUCACUAUACCAUAUAUGUUGAACUUACAGAAACAGAAAGAAUCAUUAUAUCCUAUAGGGAAAAUAAAGAAAAAAAAAUCAUUGCGGAGGAGAUACUAUUGGGCAUGAGGAACUCUGACCUGUACCUUAGAAUCUCAAAGCAUGUCAUAGAAAAAAUGAAUCCAGGACCUUAUAAAAUAAUUUACUCCAGAAAAAUUGGGGAAUCCUUUAAGGAAAAUUAUAUUGGCACAUUUUAUUACGUAGGUCCAUCGCGACAACCUUUUCAAAUUAUCGCUAAGGACGAAACGGAAAUUACGCUUCAUGGCUAUUUUAAAAAUAUUAACGACAAACAUAUUACAGUAUUCAGAUAUCUAACCUGUGACUUUUACACUUUCCUGCGUAACAAUUACCGAGAAUUAUGGGACUUGGAAAAAAUAUAUGAUAAUAUAAAAGAAGAAAUUUUUAAUAACAUUCAAAGUUGUACAGUAUCUGGUGAAGAUAAGUUGACAUGCAAAGACAUGGAACCGAUAAGGAAAAAAUAUGCCCUAUGUUGGUGUUACGGAGAUAGACAAAAUUUCUGUAAUCGUCUCGAAAAUAUGCAGUUCUUGAUAACAGAGAUUUCUUCUUUGGAUCACUCCAUUAAUCCAUUAGUGCAAAUAAACAUGCCACCAAAUGCUGUCUUUAUGAAUUAUAACACGGAGGGGUAUUUUUUUUUAGUAGAAGAUGAUUGCCAUGACAUUAAGCAUUUUCAUUUAAAAUCACAGUUAAAUAAAGAAGAACACAUUUUGAAUCUCUACAAAGAAUUAGAAUCCCCCAAAAAAUAUAAUCUAUGCGUAUGCAAAGUAACACAGAACGUUGCCUGUGACAGUGAAAACCAAUUUAAGCCUCUGGAAUUGGAAUUUGGUUACACAAUAGAUGACAAAGAAAAAUUAAAAGAUGAUUUGCAACAUUUUAAUACCGGAAUGAGGGCAGUAAAAGACUUCACUUUCAGCUCAGAGUUUAUGGAGUUACUACAUAAAGGUGUAAUGCAGGCUAUGGUUUUCCUUUCGGGCUUCAUGGGAUACAAAGAAUACGUCUGCCUUUCAGGGGUGCCAUGUAAGACGCCUAUAAAAAUGCAAACUGUGUACAGUUCUCAAGUGAAAUAUUUUUUAGAUAUAAUGCAACUGAAAAAAAUGAAACAAAUUGUUAAAAAAGAAAGCACUGACAAGGAAAGGGAAAAUAAAAAAGGACAAGCACAAGAAAUAGAAGAAGAAGAAGAAGAAGAAAAAAACAAAGAAAAUGAGGACCCUCUAAUGUAUUUCUCAUAUUUGAGACCUCACCCUGACGACACAGAAACAAAAGAGGACACAAUCUAUUUCACAUUAAGUGACACAAGGGAGUGCAAAAAUGAGUAUAGCCAAUUUUAUAAAGAAGUAAAGGGGGAAAUUGUUCGCACGCAAGAAAUCGAUUUGACAUUACAGAAAAUUUUAGAGGUUUCGUUCGAUUUGAACAUAGAUUUUAUACCUCCAGAUGUGAGAAAACCGUAUGAAAUAUGUGCAUUCCUCAGGCCCACUGACAAGCAUUACUACAACAUUGGAAAUGUUAUCUUCUACGGACUGUUUAAUGAAAGUAAGCUUGUCGAAAUCGUUUCUGGUAUCCCAUUCAAUUUGCAAUUGAAACAGUUUAACUCAAAAUAUAAUGUUCGAAUCCGGUUCGUUUAUGAACAUUAUGAAGAUUCAAAUGCAUGCAAAAAUAACUAUGGGAACAGUGAAAAUUUUUUUUAUUCCGAAUCAGUUCAACAACUAUUAACUGCUGAUGAGAAAGAAGAAAUAGGCGGGAAGGUUACGGUCCACAAGUGGAAUGAUUUGUUAACAGUUUUAGAUGCUGACAACUAUAACAUCAUGGUUGGACAUAGAAACGAUGAUGGAUCCCACAAUUUACACGUCUGCUCUUGUUACGAACUAGUAGAAGGACUGUGCAAUAAUGAUUAUUACUAUUCUGCAGAUUCUAUGAUAAUAAAAGUGCACACUGCUGUGUUGACAGAACCCCCAAUGAAUUCCAUCAUACAUUUUAUGAAACCGUUUACCCUUAAAUUAAAAACAUCCAAAGUGCUAAAUGGCUCAAUUCGAAUUUUCCCAAUUGAUAUAAUGAAAGAUUUGAGUAAAAUAUGCCUAGAAAUAAAUCAGAGGGAUUAUUUCCUAACAUUUCCUGCAAAGGUAGAAGAAUAUGAGCAAACUUAUGAUGCAAAUGUUAAUUUCCUCUCUCAAGCAGUUGUCGCAUGUUGGUGCUCAAAGGAAAAAUGUGAAAGUGCUGACUAUAUAAACAAGGUUGCAUUCUUUAAAUUGUCCAGUCCGAGCAUUUUAGAAGUUCACACAGAUAUGGAUGGCUACUUUACCUUUUCCUUCUUAAAUGAGUGGGUCCACAUAAAUGACAGAAUCUUGUUCGUUGCAGAAGAUUUACCAUGCACGGACGAUACAAGUGCAAGCUUAUUUGACGACAUCAUCCACAUAAAUAACAAGGAAUACCACAUCGGCUGGGAGCAGAUUAUAGAGAUCUAUGGAAAACCAAGAAAAAUCGUGAAAGAAAUAGAUGAUAACUUCACAUGGAUUUCUAAAAUUUACAAAAUAACCAAUAUUCUAGAGAAGCACUUAAAAAUAUGCUACUGCUUUUAUUAUUAUAGCGAAAAUUGCAAAGACCGGAAAAAUUACUCAUAUAUCGGCCUUCUUCACAACCAUACCUUAGGUAAAGGAGUUGCAGAUAAGAAUGAUCAAAUUGAUCAGACAGUUAACAUGUAUACACUGAAUGGAAAUUCCAUCAAAUUCGUCCCCAUGAUUUCCUACAACGAUAGCAAUAGGGACAUUUGCAAUACUAGGGGAAACCAAAGUAACGGCAUUAUCCCUAUUUUCAAAAAUACCGCCUUCAACAACAGCGCUAAUUUCAAACUGAGAAUAUUAAACAUUUUUAAACAGCACUACCAAAAUGAAAUAAACUUCGUUGUAUGCUACAGUUCCUACUAUUACAGGUAUAAGAAUACCUACCUGUUGAGAAAAGUAGAAUAUAAUGAACUUUCCCGCGCACCCAAUCCUAUCAUUCAUAAUUAUACGCUUGGACACGCAGGAAUUACAUCCGAGUCCAGCCAGAAUCUGGUACCGAGAAGAGAACAUAGGGAAAAAAUAGAGAACCUCCUCAAAUCGUACUCAAAAAUCAAACAGAGGAAAACCUUUUUUUACAACUAUUUUAUGGAAGAAGCGCUCUUUAGCAACAGGGAUACGCUACCCACCGGAUUUAGUACUGAUACCAUGGGCUAUAAGACAGGCGACGAAAACGGCGGGGACGACGAGGAUAAAGAAAAUGAUGCUGAAAUAAACAGGCUUAUGGACGAAGGGAUGAGGAGGAUGAUAGAACAGAAGGAAAAAGAGCAGGAGGAAAAGGCGGAGAACGGUGGCGAAGAGAAGGAUGCCAAAGAGAGGGAUGCCAAAGAGAAGGUUGACGAAGAGAAGGAUGCCAAAGAGGAGGAUGCCAAAGAGGAGGAUGCCAAAGAGAGUGAUGACGAAGAGAAUGAAGAGGAAGAGUAUGCUGACGACGAGAAUGAAGAGGAAGAGUAUGCUGACGACGAGAAGGAUGACGAAUCCAAAGAAAGAGAGGAUAAAGGUGGCAAGCAGAGGGUGUUCUUCGAUAAUGAUGACAAAGAAGACAAAAUUAGAGGGUAUUCAGAGGGCCAUUAUCUGAGUCAGCUAGAUAACAAGGGCAAAAAUAAAAAUAAGAACAGAACAGGGGUAAAACACCUUUUAAUCUAUAUAACUAGAGCGAUAAGGAAAAAAAUAAUAAUUGCUUUAUCCAAGUUUUAUGAAGGCGUACAGAUGGAACCUCAAGAAAUUAUGUACUACAAACGAAAAAGCGGGGCAACAGUUAACUACAUUCUAGAUAGCAUAACUUUAAAAAACGAUUUAUCGAUCUUUGUAUGUUGUUAUGAAGGAGAUUUUCUGGAAUCGUUGCCUAUCGAGCAAAACAGUUAUCCUAAUAUCAACAAAACAUAUAAGGUGUAUUUACUAUAUAAGGUAUUAAGCUUAUAUUUUUAUAACAUAAACGAAAACAUCGAAGGGAACAAUUCAGCCCUGGAACAACUGAAUAAUGCGCACGAUGUAUAUCACGAGUACAAAUAUUUAAGGAUAGAGAAUUUGAAAGAAAAGGGAUUCUAUAAGAAUCAAACCCUAGUACAGUUAAAAGACACCACAUUUGAGUUAAAGAUACAAGGGAAAAAUAUCCCCCCUCAUGAGUACACACUAUAUAUUGUCGAAUUUGACAACAACUGUUACAGAUUGGAUAAAAAUGGCUACCAUGUAGAAAAUAAUGAAUACACUCUACACAGCAAUUAUAUCAUUUUUAAAAAUGUCCUUAUGAACAAAAGGAAUACCUACAAACUGUGCAUACUGGAUAAGACACAAGACACGUACAACGAUGUAGGAAUUUUAAACAUUAACAAUUAUUAUGUAAAACUCGAAUCAUUCUUUGAUGAAAAUUUCAUUUCUUCUAAUCUUAAAAAAAUGAAUAUUAUGCUAAACGUUUGUGUGAAUAACAAUUCUUAUGAUGCCUAUGUUAUAAAAAGAAAGGGGAGUUUUAAAAUCACCCUUGAUAUGGAAAAAUUAGCAUUUUCCGAUAAAAGUCAACAGCUGGAGGAAAUUUUCCCAGAAAUACGAAACCAUCAGUUAAUAUCUUGCAAGAGUAAGAAACACGGAACUAUCAUUUUGACAAACACGCAUCUAUUCUUCUACGCACUUGUUACAAAACUUUCCUUCUCCACCAACCACAAUUUGCCAUUCCCAGUUGACGUAGAUUUUGAUGAAAGCUACAUCUACGUAACUGAUUUAAAUCUCAGGAAAAUUGCGCGCUUUCAAAUUUUCUCUGAGGGGAGUGCUAUUAAUAUUAUCAACAAUGCGAAACGGAAAAGAAGUAUUCACGACCAAGAUUUAAGGGCCUACAAAAGAAACACCCCCAUGGGUGAACAAGGAACGACUAGUAAAAAUAUUACACUUUUUUACCCAAAGGAGGGUCGCAAUUUCUACACUACAGAUUUGGUGCCUUCUCCCCUCCAUGGUGCUGUUUACCCUUAUGGUGCGAGAAAUUUCAAAACGGCAUUAUUAACGAGUAAAGAGGCACCUAAAAAAGAGGCCAUUGUGCUAACCAAAAGGAGUAAACAGAGCGCAGAUUCCUAUACUGAAAAUGCUCAUCAAAAUUUAUUACAAUUGCGCAUGUUAAGAAGGGAUAUGCGGAACGAAAAAGAAAAAACUGCUCGCCUCCGGAGGGCGGAACAAAGCGCUCCCCACAAUCACCCACGUGGGCAACAGAUAAAAUUAGACGCCAAUCCCAAUGUCGAUGCUUCGAAAAAAAAACCCAAAUCGGUAGCAAAUAAAGAGGAAAACGCGCUCGUCAAAAAUGUAAGGGAGUUAUACAACUAUCUGCAAAAAAAGGUAGACAACAACGGAUUGAUCAACUAUUUCCAUGGACUUCUCGGCCCACAGAAAAUAUCAAAAAGGAGAAACUCCAUGUACAGCUUUCUCGACUUUUUCAAAAAUGGGAAGAAAAAAAAUCUGUCUAGUGGAAAUAAAAACGAAGUGCACAGUCAGAUAGUACCUUCCAGCAUGCCUGCAAGAGCAAAGAAGCAGGCCAGACGACCAGUUCCACGCAGCGAAAACGCUGCUAGACCGCGCAUCACCGUUGCUAGGAAAAAAAGAGAUGCUACUGAAAAUGUAGACCAUUCAGUUUACGACGAAGAAAUCGAAAAGAAUAUUAAAAACCUAAUCACCGUGGUGCAAACUAGCAAUUAUUUAACAAAUCAAAUGGAACACCUAGACCUGAAAGGACAUCAAAGCCCGUUAUUCAUUAGCAUACAAGAUAAUAUACUCUACAUAUUGGAUUCUACAAAAAAUAAUUUUUUUAGCUACAAUUUGUAUAGUAAAAGAAUCAUACAACUGGAACAAUAUAGCGCUGCAAAUCAUAAGUUCUUUUUAAAGAACCCAUUAAAUUUUUCCAUAUAUCGUGGGGAGAAAACCGUACACACCCCAUAUAGAACCAAUGUAGCAUUCGUAACACAAAUACGAAGUAACGAAAUUAAAAUCAUCGAUUUGAAUAAAAACAAAUAUAGAAUUGUCAAAGCAAUCAGGUUGGAAAAAGGCUACAUACAUAAUGCAGUCAAUAAGGUCAUAGCAAUAGAUCAAAACUUACUAAUAAUUACAUCUCAUAUCAACGCAGAAAAUAUCAUUUAUCAUUAUCACUUCAACUCCUUUGAUCAGUACUUUAGCAUUUCCUUCGAAUAUACUUUUGCAAAAAAUUAUAACUCAAAUGAUUACUUAAAUAUUGCCCCAGAAAUAGACAUAUACAGCGAUUCGGUCAUCUUCUUCUGCUUUCUAAACUCUUUCGAUCUAUGCACAAAGGUGGAUCCAUUGACAAAAUUAGAAAUCUCAACUGAAACAGGAGUAAUAACAGGAAAAUUAAAGCACUUUGGAUAUUUCCAAUUAAAAAUUUUUGCUAAAACGCAUUUUCAACACCAAGUUAAGGUAUAUACAGAUUUAUAUUCCUACUGUGACGUAGGGAAACAAUAUAACUACGCAAAUCAAACGUGCGAGAGUUGUCCAAUUGGAACCUUCUGGAAUAGCGUAGAAUUAAAAUGUGAUCUGUGCAAGAAAUAUUUUAAAAACAGGUCUACCUUGAAACGUGGAUCUAAGUUAAUAACAGAUUGUCUUUGCUCAGCUGGGUAUGAAUAUUCAGAAAAAACUGCCAGUUGUGAACAGUGUAAACCUGGCUAUUAUAAAAAAUCGACUGGUAAUUUUAUAUGUAUCAAGGGGUGCCCCAUUAACAGAAAGAGUACAAUAUACGGAGCCAAGAGUUACAACCAAAUGAAUUGCAAAUGUAGUGAAGGCUAUUACGAACUGAAUGGAAAAUGUGUUUUAUGUCUCAAAAAUUACUACUGCCCUGGAAACGAUCAACUCAUACAUUGUCCUAAAAACAAAAUGUCCCCAGAAGGAAUCACAUCCGCAGAUGAGUGUGUAUGUAAGAGAAAUUUUAUCCACAAUGAGAAUAAUCAAUCGUGCACUUACUGCACUUCUGUUGGCAAGGUAAAAGACGAAGUUAUCUACUGCUCGCUCUGCGACCCGAGGUAUUUAGACACGAACGUUUUUGCAAUUCCGAAUGACCACAACUAUGGAUUGGUGGACAAAAUAUUCAAUUAUGAUGAGGAUCUGCUCCUACAAGGUAAAACACUGCAGUAUGCCUAUUUUGAUAACAAUGGACGUAAAAAUGGACGCGAAAAUGGCAACAAAAAUAACCCCUUAAAUGACCCCCCAAAUGACCGCAAAAUAGACCACGCCAACUUUGGAACCCUUAACAUUAACAGCGAACUCGUUUUAGGGAACAAUCCGGACGAACCCAACAGGGAAACCUUUGCAAUAGAGAUAGACAUGCCCAAACCAACCAAGUGCGUAUUCUGCGAAAGUGGGUACUUCAUGGAUAUCAAAAAGGAAAGGUGUCUACCGUGUAGUAACAAAUACUGCGAAGGGUUCGCCAAAAAUCCAAAAGGAUGCCCCACCAACUCCGUUGUGAGCAGGACAGUAGCCUCCUCCAUUUUUGACUGCAAAUGCAAAAUUGGUUAUGGUUCCAUAAAUGAAAGGAGAAGCGCACUUGACAAAAAACUGAGCUGUAAAUUAUGUCCAAAGAAUUUCUUUAGCCAUAACUUGUCAGAGCAGUACUGUCUUCCCUGCCCACAGCACACCUACACAGUAUCAGAGGGAUCCACGUCCAUCCUCAACUGCCUCCCUGUGGAGGGCUACUUCCUUCUCAUGUUCAGGAGCAUAGGCAUAGAAUACGUCAGGUACAAAUUCGACAUAAACUCGGAAGAUAGAAUUUACAGCUAUUUCCAGGAUAGCGUGAAAAGCUUCGACGACGACGUGUAUGAGUUGUUUUUGGACCAAAAGUUUGAGCAGCUCUUCAACGAUGCGGAUAACAACCCGGACAAGAGGGGGCAGCAAAAUAACGAAGCGGUGUUGCCGGCAAAGGGGCAGCAAAAUGACGGAGCGGUGUUGCCCCCAAAUGGGCAGCAAAAUAACGGAGCGGCGUUGCCGGCAAAUGGACAGCAAAAUAACGGAGCGGCGUUGCCGGCAAAUGGACAGCAAAAUAACGGAGCGGCGUUGCCUCCAGAGGGACAAUACAACGCGCAAAACGCGCAAAAUGCGCAAAAUGAGCAAAACGCUCCAAACGCUGCAAACGCGCCAAACGCGCAAGAUAACAAGUACAACCUGGAGCACUUGAAAAAAAUGGGGUUCCUAAAGCGGACGUCCCUCUUUUACAUAUACACCGUCCUGAUGAAAAAUAUUGAAGAAAACUACGACUGGGAAUCUGACAAGAUGCUGAAGGUCACGUGCCACGUGAACCUGCACCUCAAGAGCAGCCCCAACUUUACUAUCUCGUAUAAACCCAAUUUGCAGUCCUGCGUAGACAGCUGCAAAACGAAUAUCUACUGCACAGGGGUGGAAUUCUCAAGGAAAAAAGUAGAAUACACACAAAUAUUUUUAAAAAAUAAUCAAAAAAUAAUUGUUGGAUAUUUUAAAUGUAAGCAUUAUUCUUUCGAAAGUAUAUACGAUUAUACGUCCCCCAACGUGGACGAAUUUUUCGACGAGAAUGUAGAAAAUGCGGUCGUGUCCAGAACUCCUGUAGCUUACACAGACUUUAUAUUAAGAAAUAAAAACAGCAUCAUUUUUACCUGCUCUAUCGAUAGAGAUAGAAAAUUUUUACUGUAUAAGCAAUAUCAACCGGUUGGAUGCUUUAUGGGGAAGUUCUGUCCAGGGAAUUACACCCCUUACUUGAUAUCCUGUCCAGAUAACUCAAAAACGGUAGUCACUCUGGCAAAGCAUGUGGAUAAAUGCCUAUGCAUGAAAGGUUACUCUUACGUCGGAAUUGCGACCCUUAGAUGUGCGGUAUGCGAGAGAGGGACGUACAAAAAGAACGUAGGAAACUUUAAGUGCGAAAAUUGCCCCCUAACCUUUUCAACAGUAAAUAUAGGAUCCACCAGUAUUUACGAUUGUUCUUGUACGCCAGGAAAUUAUCUCUCCUUUGACACGCUGCAAAAUUUUAUCAAUUCGGAAAAAAUUAACUACAAAAAUAUUAUUGAUCAAUAUUUUAUUGUCCCAAAGAAGAAACAAACGGACGUAUAUUACCGAACCGAAAUAGUCAAAAUCAGCUUGAAUAAUCUAAACAGGAUAGAAGUUAAUGAAGGAACCAAUCAAACGUUAAAGCGUGAGAUAGCUGUAUGCAGGCCAUGCUCCCUCGAUAAUCACUACUGCGAAGGAGGACUCGAAUCGGACAUCACAUUAAACAACAAACGUUUUCAAGGCCAAUUUCACACGUUGCCAAAAAAAUGCCCCAACGAUUUAGUCAUUCCAAAAGGAAUAAUACAGAGAAGCUCAAUAAAUAACUGCAUAUGUAUUCAUGGAAAAUUUUUAAGAACAUCAAAAGAUAAGAAAGUAGAAUGCAUCCCAUGUCCUCCAAAUACAUUCAAGGAAAACGAAUAUGAUAACAGCUGCUCUGGGGUCUGUCCACACUUCUCCACAACGUUUAUAGGCUCGUCAUACGAAAACCAAUGUUUCUGUAAAAACAGUUACUACUUGGUCACCACAGAAGAUGACAACGACGGUGAAAAUAGUGCUAACCGAAUGGAAAGUAGCAAACGCACCAAAAGUUGCAAACCGUGCCCCAAAGGAGCCGUAUGUAACAGAGGCUUCAAUAUUAACCUCUUUCUCCAUCUGCUAAAAAACAGGGCAUAUAACAAUAUAAACAUUUUAGACCAUGAAAAUCCAUAUCCCCUAUACGGACAUUAUGCAGUCUAUAAGGAAAAACACCCGAUCAGUGAUUGGAACCCCCUAGAGGAUAAUGACGAGUUAAAGUAUUCCUACCCUUAUUACAACUUACUCUUGUUUAUUCAAAAAAAUGUGGAAAGCGGGAAUUACUUCUUUUUCGAAAAAAACCCAAAUUUGUAUCUAAAUAUGGAAUUCAUAGAAUCCAUAAAAAAAAAGAAGGCCAAUAAGAAAGCAACAAAUGCAGCCGAAGCGGACGAAGCGGACGAAGCGCAUAAUCCUCUAUUCCACCAGGCAAAUGCCAUCUCAAUAUUGAAAUACGCGCUGAAGGAUAGCAAGAGUGUAAAAAAUCCAAACGAGGUGAUCCCAAACAAACAUACGAAUGCCAUUUAUACUUAUUUAAAAAAAAUGGUGCCGACUACUUUACUGGCUAAACCUGAACCGAGACCAACCCCUCCCCUUCUACAAAGUAACGAAAUGGAAUACUCCUUCCAAGAAAUGUUCAACAAAUACAUAGAAGAGGCAAACGAAUUGAGAAAGAAAAACAACAAAUUUGAAAGAUUGCCAGACAUUCAUGUUUGUACUCUACCUGAUAGGUGUCUAGGAACAAUAACCAACUUGUGCCAGGAAGGGUCCACAGGAUACCAAUGCAAUAAUUGCCAAAAGGGCUACGACAUGAGUCAUUUCAAGUCCAACUGUAACAGAUGUAAAAAUUUUUUCAACGAAAUAUUGCUUAUGGUCUUACUAAAAAUGAUUUAUUAUAUAAUCAUUAUUGUUAUCGUUUCACUCAACUAUAAUAGUUGCUUUAACAAAUUGUACAUAAGUGGUAUUCUGAUGAAAAUUUGGUUUAAUGGCUCCUUUACCCUUGUGGCAUAUGGAUUUUUCUCACCCACAGCCAAUUCAUUUAUUACCAAAUAUUGGCACAUUUACAAAAGUGUAUUUCUCUCCCAUUUGAAAAUGUUUUCGUACUACCUGAGGGUUGCCUGUUUUGCCCACUCCUACAAUACAGAUAUGCGCUACAACGAAAUAUGGUACAUACAAAAGUACGUGAAUAUCUUUACGCCCCUCUUCGAUGCCAUUUCUAUAACGCUCAUCAUGUUUGUUAUCCUUCACGUGUACAAACUGUUCUGCAAAAAGAAGAUACAAAAUUUUGAGCACAUCCUUUCGACUAUUCCCGAGCUGAAGGCGAAAUAUCACUUGGACUGCCUAACGAAGGACCCGGGCGGAAAAGCUUCUCCCAAAAAGGGAAAGAAAUCGAAAAUUUACGUGUCUAACAAGACGGAGGAGGGGGACAACCAAGAUUCGUGCAACCAUUCGACGGUAACGCACGACUUGGAGAAAAAUGGCGUAAGUGAUAAGGAAAACGCGGGGGAAACAAAUGGCAAAUCCGCCCUGAUUGAUGAAAACGCUCCAAGUGUUCCCAAUCUGACGAACAAAAAAGACGCCCAAGUGUUCUGCGAAGACGAUGUCCUGCAUAAGGUAGAUGGGGACGACCCAAAUGGGGAAUGCCCGAAGUACGAAUUAAAAUACCUAAACAGGGACGACAAAAUGUACGACAUUUUCCUACACGAAACGGUUGAGUAUAUUUACAAUAAGAAGAUUUUCGGACCUUGGCGAUUUAUGCAUAAGAGAAACGAAAAGUUAGGAAGGAGACUCCUCACAUUUUUACACGACACCUUCCCCUGUUACAUUUUGCUCAUCGCCCUGUCAUCACCCUACGUACUUAUGGAAGUGAUUCAACUCGCAUUUUGCAAACCGAUAAAAUACAAGUCCCAAGAAUCAGAGCUAUACUUAUCCUAUUUGACCACGCAAAAGUGCACCCUUUCUGAUAGUUCCUUCUUCACAGGAAUUAUGGUAGUUAUCCUGGCCCUAUUCUUCUAUGUUGGCAUUUUCACACUUUUGAUAACCCUAUAUUCGAAGCGCAAUAAGUAUAAAUUGUUUAACAUUUUACUGUCCAAUUUAUUAACAGGGUAUAAACAAGGCAAGGAAAUCUUCGAAUUUAUAUUCAUCUUGAAAAAUAUCAUUUUGGUGUUACUAAUAACUUUCAGUAUACACCACGAAUUUUACUAUGUCAUCCUAAUCACAGUCAUAUUAACAACUUUCUCCAUUCUGGAGAUUUAUUCCAACCCCUUUGAUGGAAGAUCCUUCAACAUCCUCAACAUAUCUUUGUGCCUUGGGAAUGUCUUAAACAUUUUCGUUGCCCUAACCAUUUGGGGAAGUUUCUACUGGAACUAUGAGCAGUUUUUUUUUGUCCCCAUUCUGAUUAUCCUCUUUUACCACCUCUACAUGCUCCACAAAAUUAUUCGAGAAAUUAUCCUUUCUAGACAUUUCAUCCGCACAGAAAAUAUUAUAAGUAUAAAAACAGCUGGGUAUGGGGAAAGUAACAUUAAGCAUAAUAACUACAAACUGUACUACAAAGUUAUGAAUAAAAUAAAGUUUUUCCUAAAUAAAAAUCAAAAGAAAAAUAUUUUAUCCAAACAGUCUCCAAAUAAUGAUGGUCCAAAUAAAAUCAACAGAAUGUCAAGGGAAAAUAUAAAAUUUGAACCCAUAGAGAAUAUCAUAAAAAGGUAUAACAUCAACUUAAAUGACGAUUUAUCCAAAGCAAAGAAUUUAAACCCUAAUGAGGAAGAGGAAAAGAAGAAAAAGGAAAUGUUCUGCAUUAAGAAAAACCACCUACCCGUAAACAUCCACAACGUAGCACUCAUAUGGUAUGACGAACAAAAUGAAGAUUUGCUAUUUCAAAUGCCUUUUGAAAACAAAUUUUGCCUAGACUUAAAUGGGGAUAAAGCCAAAAAUAAGAAGAAGAAAUUCUUUUCCUUCUUUCCAAAUUAUGCAAGAGAUAAACGAAGAAGAAAAAACAUUAAAUAUUUUGUAUCAGCCAUAAUAGAAAUUAUCGACAAGUUCUUAUGCGCAUCUAAGAUGGGUUCGAUCUACGAAAACUGGUUUGACUUCUCCAUGAGGUUUGCCUUUGUCUACAUAUCAUGGAUUAAAAAAGUUAAUAAAACAAAUGUUGUCCUUCCACACAACAUGGAGCAGUUAAAAAUGAACAUAGACCAGUACGUCUUCUUUCCUCUAUUUUAUAAAUGUGAAUUAAUCAAUCAGGAAAGAAGAAAGCUCAGCGUCUCUGCGAAUACGCCAGAGGACCAACCCGAAAACAGUGCGCCCAUCGAAGCGUUGGAAAAGAAACAAAGCUUUGAAAACACAGAAAUAAAAAUUAGUCGCAGCUAUGGAUCGUAUAACCAAAUGGGAAGCCUAAAAAAUAGGAAGCACGCGCAAGAGAAAAAUAACCAUAUCAUGAAUGACAACUACUCGGAUGAUGCGCCAUCUGAUAAAGAUGCACCCUCAAAGGGAAAGAACGAAACAAGGAAAAGCAGUGAGGAACAAGCACAAAUGGGCGUUCUAAGUUAUCUCAAAAAGAAGGAGAAAAAAAAAAAAAAGACUCAAGCAAAAUUAAAAAAAAAAUCAAUCAAAAUGGAUAACCCGGAGAUACACAACCACAUCAAUCAUAAGGACCAUUCCUACAAAUUUGAAAACAUUUUCAACCACUCCAUGGAUAUUUUUUCCUCAGAAAUGUUUAAUGAAAGCACUUUCAACAUGCUCAUUUCCCUAUUCGAAUUGUACAUAGCUAUGAAAACGUUAAAGUCAAUGGACAUGCAAAGUUUUACCAAAUUGUAUCAACUUUAUAACGAAAAAUUCAUACGAUUUGAAAAAAGUCUUGUCUUCUACAUAAAUAAACUGAGGGAUGAAAUAAAACUAGAAACAGAAGAAAUCGAUAAUGAAAUAAAAACAGGCGAUACUGCAGAAAAAAUGAGAGUCAAAAAUUAUUACUUCUAUAAGGAAGAAUUAAAUAAAAGAAAAAAACUUGAGCAAGAAUUGAUGUCCAAAAUUGAAUGCCUAAAGGACUGUAUAGACGUAAACGAAAAGUCACAGUCGCUCAGAAAUGUAUUGAAAAAUUCUCGGAAGAGCAAACCUUCCGAUGGAAUUUUGGAUGAAGAUAUUCAUUACAUCUUCUCCGUUCUGCAAAAUGAAGGCACUUACAAAUUGGACCAUUCGAAGACGAAGGAACCAAACGAGUGA